AUGAAAGGCCUUACGUUGCUGGUCAUCUCUGCUGUGGCGGCCAAGGCCGCGCCGGCGGAACCCAUCCUUCCAAAUCAUGACAGCGCAAAGGCCAACGCCAACCACAUCUUUAACGCCAUCCAUUCCGCUGGCCGCCAGUGGGGAUCUUCGCUGAAUCAUAAUGGCUUCGGCUUCAUGCCUGUGACACUUUCUGCUGGCACGUUGCUAUACCAUGGGGGCUACUCCAAAGAUCCUCCCAAAGGCCUGGAGUGGCUGGCAUUCGAGGUUGAACAUGCAGAAAACUUUGUGCGAAUGGCUCGACACCCGCCAAUCCCGCCCAAGAGUCCUGAUCAUGACGAGCAGCCUCAUGCGCCAUCUUCUCCGCAGAAACCUCUUGGCCAGGUAGAUACGGAUGAUGGCUCUGACCGUGAUCCUGAAGGGAGAAUCAGGGGCUACCUCCAGACGUACCAGACAACACGGGAUGUUCAGCUGCUCUAUGUAGACGGCUCAGGGGCGGCAAAAAGCCCCAUAGGGACACUGGAUUCGCAAGACUACGUCCUUUUCCCAAAUAGCAGCUGGGAGUGGUACAAUAUUCAGAGCGAGAUGAAACGCGCAACGGCCAUGUGCGACAUGAUCACGAAAUGGGGGUGGGCGGGCAUCAUGCGCAUGGAGAUUGGCUACGAGGUCAUCUGGUGCGAUUUCAAGUCAGAUUCUCUGCAUCAUGAGUCGUCUGUACGGGGGUUCCUUCAAGAGGAUAGACUGAAGGAUGAAGAGUUCAUAACCACGUAUCUGUGGGCUCGCGCAGUCGCCGAGCGUUAUGACGGACUCGGCGGCGAUCGAGUCAAGGUGGACUUUUCAUCCAUGGUAUCGGGAUUCUUCUUUCCCAUCAACAUCUCCAAUACUGACCCUGAGCGACCUGAUCUUAUACGGUUGAAAGCUGCGACAUUAGAACAUCGGUUGGACAUUGGCGCCUAUCUACAGAAAGUCUUUGUAGAGCCAAGACGGUUCAAUGUCAACUGGCAAGGUGUUGUGGACAUGAUUGUUACCCGAUUCUCCAAGCGGCUGGCCGCGAUGGCCUCGACUAACAUAUCGACGGAUAUCUUCAUUGGAGAACUAGAACGCGCUGUGCUCACAUACUACGAAGCCCCUAGUCUGCCUGACGAUGCCACAAUAGCAGUAGAUGACGAUAAGAACAAAACGGCUGAGGCUAUCGAUCGUUGUUCUACACAUUAUCUGAAGUCCGCACAGCUAUCCCGGCAGAAGUGGACUCUGCAAGACGGCUUGAUCCACACUGCCCUUUCAGUUGUUGUGCAGCGUAUUUGCAGCGACCUUUAUCUGAUGCGAUCACUCCUCCUCCAAGCUGCACCAGAUACGUCAUCUGAUGCAUACUUCAUUAACAAAGAAGUGAAUAACAUUGAGAUGGAUAAGGCAGUCAACCAAAGCCGCGCUGUUGUACGUAAUCUUGUGGAUGAACUGGCCUGGACUACAUGGAAGAAGCCGCAGCUGUGCGCCGACAAUGAAGUCCUCAUGACUCCGAUGUGGCCCUUUGGGAAUAUUGAAGAUUACUAUAAUCCGGGCUGUGUGCCUUUCAACGAAAUCACGGAGGAUAGAAGAGGCUACUGGAAGCCGUAUGAGAAGAGGCCUAGGGACUUUUAA